AUGGAAAACAGCCGGCAUGUUCCACGUGUGUCAGUAGGAGACGCGAAUGCAGUUAUCAGACUAUUGAUAAGCGAAAGUCGGUCAUCUAUUUCAGUGCGUGAAGUACUGUCAUUACGAGUUGCUAUUGAGCUUUUGACGGCCAAAGUUGAUCAGUUAUGCCAUUUCAUAAAUGAAAAUGGACUAGAGCCUCCAUUGCUCCCCUUGGAGAAAGAAAAAUCGCUCAGAAAAAUCUUGGAAUCACUAGGAAUGGACGAAUUAAGUCCAAGAUUAGAAACAACGCUAUCGAAGGAGAGUGAAAUAGAGAGGUCGGUAAACCACUCUUCAGACCCAAAAAGUCUGCCAACAGAUCCAUAUGUCAAAGCCCCAGUCCCCGGAAACAUGUUGCAAGCUUCUGAAUUCAUCCUUGAGACAGGGACCCAACUCAAUCUGAGCCGCCCAACUAGCCCACCGCAUCAUUCCACAGCAAGUGAAAAUUUUGGUCUCCCCGUGGGAAAAGAUAAACAGAGUCCGACCCAAGACAGCCCAGACAGUAUUCUUACUGCUUGGGACUUUGAUCUUGGGGUUGAAACAUGUAUUACAAUUCCUCCACUGGACAGUGACGAUUUUCUCAACUUAUCGCCCAGCGACAUGCUAUCUAUGGAAGGAGAUGCUUUAAUGGCUCUCUUACAACCCGCAAGCAAGGAGGAUGAACAGAGAUCGGAGAGCUCAACAGAUAUUGAGGAUAUCAUAGACGAGAUAUCGAACCGAGUAGGAACCUUGAGAAUCAGUCCGGGCGGAAAUACCCAGUUUCGGGGUCCUAUAUCUGCAUUCAACCUCCCAGGUGUUAUUCACUGCGAGGAACCCGAUGAACGGCCUCAUCCUCGAGGGCUUUCGGUAGAAAAUCAAGAUUCUCUCGGAUCAGAGUCGAAAAUAUCCCCAGAAUUGGAAGAACACCUGCUCAACCUCUACUUCUGUUGGCAGGAUCCAUCUUCGCACACAGUAGAUCGCAGGAUUUACGAAGAUGCGAAAGUAAAAUGGCAGAAUACGGAGGAGACGUCAUUCUACUCUGAUGCACUACGGUGUGCACUGGGCAGUACUUUUGAAUCUCGCUUCCAUUCUGACCUUAUCACAUUUCCCAAGACAUUGGUCGAUUUCCUAGACUAUCCGUGCGUCGCAACAUUACAAGCACUGAUUAUUCUGAGUAAUCAUGAGAUUGGAAAUGGAAAAGAGGGUCGUGCAUGGUUACUGAGUGGCAUGGCUAUGCGACUCGCAUUUGACCUUGCUUUACAUCUAGAUAUUUCUUAUCUUGUUUCCGGUGGCGCUAUUACUGCUGAAGAGGCGGACCUUCGCCGCACUGUUUUUUGGAGUGCCUAUACCGUUGACCACCAAUUGGUCUUUCAUCUUGGUAGACCUUUUCGGACGAGUAUGGAGGACGUGACAGUCGGAAAGCCUCAUGACCGACUUACCAAGCCCAACCAAUACAGGUGGGCACCCUAUGAAAGUUCGAACUGUGGGGAUGAGGCAUCUGGAUUACAUGACUGCGUCGAAGCAGUCAGCCAGCAGCUUGUCUCACUUUGUGAGCUUAUGGGUCCUUGUGGCUAUCUACUAUACGGUACAUCCCGAAUCUCCAAGUCCACCUUGCAAGAACCCAAUGCGAAAAUUGUGGCAGAGUUGGGCGGAUGGAAAGCCAGACUUCCACUUUUCCUACAGAUCAACCUCGAUGAUCAUACAUCUCCAUAUCUCCCUCACUAUGCAAUACCACCAGAACAUUAUUUACGCACAUCGACCUGGGAUGUCAAAAGGCGGCCUACAGCCCCAGCCUCCAAAGGGCCCAGGAUAUCUUCAUGCGCGAGAAUGUGCAUCGGGUCCGCGAUCGCCAUCUCCAAGAUCCUUGUUCUCUACGAAAAUCGAUAUACACUGCGACGAAUUAAUGCCAAGGCAGUAUCGAUUACAUCCUCUGCCAUUCUACUACUCCUUUUUGCUGCCGUUACAAAGUAUCCGGGCCACCCGCUGGAUGAAAUAAAUAUAUAUUUGAGCUCCUGUUUCCGCGCACUGGAUGAAUUCGCGCGUUCCUGGCAGAGUGCCCGACGCGCCAAGAAACUUCUCGUUAAUUUGCAGCGAGAAUGGGAGAAUCGAACAAAACUGAACAAGAAUGGCAGAGCGCUUGAAAAGUCGGCUUUUCUACCUCGGAAGCGCUUAAGGGGGCGGAAUGGAAUUUAUCAAGUGCCGCUUCCGCAACAUAAACGGUAUCCGGAAGGACGAGAUGACUUGAGUGUCAAAUCAGCUCAAUUUUCCAACCUACCCAGAUCUUACAGCAGCUUACCAUAUCCAGUGAAACCUAUCAACUUGAAUGAGAAUCAUAUGACCUUCGAGCUUCUUCUCGACUGGGGUGCUAAUAUUGGGUUACAGGAUCAAGACGGCCAGACCGCGCUUUUCUAUGCGGCAAAGUCCGGAGAUGAGAAGUGCGUUCAGCUCCUUCUGCAAAGGGGUGCCGACUUACAUUUAGAAGAUCACCAUGGCCAAACACCGCUCUUCGUCGCCACAGCGUGCGAGAGGACGAAGAUCAUUCAAUUAUUCCUCGAGGCGGGCGCGGGCUGUGACAUGCCAAAUAAGGCUGGCCAUACACCCCUCAUCCAUGCUGUAAAUGGUGGACACAAAUCUUCUCUUAAUACACUCUUAGGAGCAGGUGUCAACCCUGAUGCCACAGAUGAAGUCAGCCGAACACCGUUGUCUUAUGCUACAGAGUCCUGGGAUCUGACCAUCAUGAAGCGACUUCUUGAAAAGGGCGCCUCCCCCGACUUACGAGACUCUCGCGGUGGAACGCGGAUAUCUCACGGUGCAGAUACCCUAGAGAAGAGUGAUGGUCCUCGUUUCCUUAAAAAGGUUAUGAAAUUCAAAGACGACCAGUCAAGCGAAGCGCUCUUGGAAUUCAUUGUACGGGCAGACGAAUUCACCCCAACAAAGAAAUCGCGCAAGGCUCGGUUUCGAAAGUUCAAAAAAAGAGUCACAGCGAGCAGCCCUCGUGGAGCGUAA